AUGGGGAACUCAACCACAUAUCGACUGAGAGGUUUCAUUAUUGUUUUUCUGCGAAAAACUGAGCGACACGCGAAUACAGAAAGCCAAACCGUGCAACUCAGUUACAGGGAAGUCGUUCUCCGUCAAUGCGGGAUGGCAUAUGAGACGAUUUCGCAGUUUGCCGUACUUAUAGAUUCAAGAUGUUGA